CUUUGAUAGAUGGUUCUAGACAAAGUGAUACUGAUACAACCCACUUUAAUCAACCUAUGACAAAUGAUUCAAGUAAAGCAUCAUUGGAUGAUCCUAGAGAUACUGGUACUGAUACAAGCCACCUUGAUCUACCUACAAUGACUGGUCCUCCAAGUAUAGCUUCAAGUGAAGAUUCCAACAUCCGUCUGGGGGAAAAUUCCUGUAAUGCCUAUGAGAAUAUAACAAUUUGUUCACUUGAUGACCCUGAAGAACAACUCAAACGAUCAUGUGAGGGGCGAUGUGGAAAGAUCUCCAAAACAGUUUAUUGCCAGUGUGACCCAGAGUGCCCUAAAUAUGGAGACUGUUGUGAGGACUAUACCAAGAUAUGUGAUCCAAACGUGUAUAAUGAACUUAGGAAAAGUAAGAAACAGAUCUAUGAAUGCUUAGGCUCAUUUGAAGAAAGAAGGUCAGGCUAUGUUGUCAACAAAUGUCCCCACUACCAAAGUGAUUCAGAAUUGAGUGCACAAUGUCAGUCGCGUGAUGGGCUUCUUAAUCUAGUACCAGUCACUGAUUUAAGAACCGGAGAGAACUUCAGGAACAAGUUCUGUGCAUUAUGUAAUAGUGUCAUUGUUUAUGCAUCCUGGAAUGUCUCCAUUAGUUGUGAAUCUGGAGAAAUCAAACCUGAAAACUUCUUUGAUGUUGAUAUUCAUCUUGUGCUAAAUUUGCUCCAUAAUCCUGCUUGUAUCAUUGAAUAUACUCCACCUGAGAGGGCCCGACCCUGUAUAGUAUUACGUUAUGAUUGCAAGCACUGCCAGGAGACAGAAUUAUCACAAAAGUGUGCAACAGCUGGACAAAAUCCUGUUAGGUACUAUUAUGGCUUAAUCUUUGGAGUUGCUUUCUACAAUAUGUAUUGCUUGCAGUGCAAUCUUCCAGAUCCAAUAAUUCCUGGAGCAGUUGGCUGCAAAACAGGUUUUGACAGUGGAAAGGGAUUACCUCACAAAUAUUUUACUUUAACAUUAUUGUUAGAUAUCCAACUGUUCAGUGGUUAUGGACUGAAGGUUGAAUCAAAUGGAAUACUUGGACUAGACCAACUUGAAUUUCAAUGCACUGGUAAUCAUCAAUGCAAAAUGAGUGAUUGUCCAGUUUUUCACACUAACCUUGGCUAUAAAUGCUCAAUCAUAAACAGCAUCCUUGGGCGAAUGAACCUGAAGUAUGAGAUAAGGUACAAUGAAUCUAUAAUUGAUACCGCUUUCCAACAUCAACUGCUCUUGAUUGCUGCAGUUAUAAAGGAUGUUAUUAAAACAUUCUUCAACCCUAUUGGAUACAUUAACCAAAAAGAUACAUUAUGGAUUCCCCGAGAACAUUAUUACAAGAGCAGCUUUACUUUCAACAUUAUAGCUUCAAAUGAGAUCCCAUUUACUUCUUUAGGAAUGGAUUUGUCAAAGCAGUUGAAGAUCGCUACUACCCAAGUGGAGAAAUAUUAUGAAAAGGUCGAAGUCAAAAUGACAUUUGAAAUUAUGGACCUUGCAGAUGCUGAAGGAAAAGAAGGAAAACUGACCACCGACAAACAUGGAAAUAUAGAUGCUGGAGAUGUCACAGCUGUUGCAAGUCAUCAGGAUCUUGCCCAGACAUGUCUUUUGAACAUACUUGCCAUCUUUUUGUAUUACUGAACAAUGUUUUUAUGCCAGCCAACAUGACAUACUAGACCUUUAUAUGUACAUUAUAUAUUUUUAAUAUAUGCACUGAAUAGGAAGUUGCUGAGCUCAAGUUGACUUAGAUUUAUGACAAAAUUUAUUUUUGAAAAUCUAUAAAAU